AUGAUCGUGGAAACAUUGAAUUCCCUCGGAGUGGCCUUCACUUCCAAUCCGACGAGCAGCCAGACCCAAGCGGGCAAGAUAUUGGUCCUGGCCGCGAUCGGUAUUCAGAUCAUUCUUAUCAUCACAUUCUUCUAUUUAGCCGGAAUUUUCCACUGGCGGUGCAGUAAGAACGGAAUCAGGAUAAAAGCAGUCCCAGCUCUUCCGAUCGUCAUGUACGUGAGCAUGUUUCUGAUCUUAAUUCGUUCUGUCUAUCGAAUGGUAGAGCAUGCGGGAAAUUCGGCCUUGGAUGUAUACGACCUUGAAAAGCUUCAGUCGCUCAGUCCUCUCUUGCGCUAUGAGUGGUAUUUCUUUGUUUUCGAGGGUGCAACUAUGCUGGCAAAUUCGCUGCUUUGGAAUGUGUGGCAUGCGAGUCGUUAUCUUCCCCAAAGCAGGACAGUUUUCAUAGCAGAGGAUGGGGUUACUGAAAUAACGUGGGAGGAAGAGAGUAUAGGCGACCGACCGACCCUCGCAAAGGCGACACAUGGGGCGAUGACGAUUCUCACCUUGGGGGUCUCGGCCUACAUAUUCCCCAAAAGCAACAGAAUGAAAAACAUCUGA